UUUGACCAUGUGCAGUCGAUUGAUGAGGAACUAGAUGAAAUGAAGAAGAAGCAAAGAGCUGAGCAAAUGCGGCGGGAAAAGGAUAGGAAGGAAUUGGAUGAAUUGCUGCGCGACUCCAGCGAAGGAGAGAUUGACCUUCAAAAGUAUCGCGAACAAAGGUCAAAAAUGCGUCGAGCUGAAGCUGCACGAUCUAGAUACCAACGAAUGAGUGAGGCGGAGCGAAAGGUCUACAAUCAGCGCCGACGCCUUCGUGCUCUAGGAUUGGAUCCGGAUAUGCCAAAAGGAGCCUUCAUCGAUAACGAAGCUAUAAGGGAGCACAUAAAAAUGGCAAAUGCCAAGAAGGCCGAAGCCGCGCGGUUACGAUAUCACCGCAUGACAGCGGAAGAAAAGCGAGAAUACAAUCAAAGGCGAACAGAAUCAUUCCGCAAGAGGCGUCUCGAGGAGGAGAUUCUUCUUUCCACCCCAGCUGGUCGAAUCUCCGCCGAAGCGCUACAGAAAGCUCAACAAAUUAUGAUAAGAAACGCUAGAAAAGCUGAAGCCGCCAGGGCACGUUAUCAAAAAAUGUCACCAGAGCAGAGAAAGGAAUAUAAUAUGAGGCGUGCACAAGCAAAAAAGAUGAGAGCUCUGAGUCGUGAAAAUCGAGGUCUUGGGAACUCGAAUUGUUCGCAGGGUUAG